AAAAAAAAAAAAAAAAAAAAAAAAUGGAAGCACUGAAACCGAUUUACAUUUUCAAGUGAAUAAAAGUCACAUUUUUCAUUUUUAUUCUUUUCUCACGGCUUGAUUUGUCCAUUUUGUUGAGACUCCACUGUUUCUUUUUUUUCUAGUUUUCAGACACCGAGUCGAAUCUUUGCACAACAGUUCACCAACAAGUUUUUUUGUUGCUGUUUUUCUUCUCACUGAAAUGUUUUGCUUUUGAUUCAGUUUAACACUCGCGAUGCGGGUUUGUGUGAAUCCUCUCAAAGCAAAGGGAAUACAUCAUCCCACGUUGUAAUCUACGCAGUCUGAACAUCUUCAGGCCUCCUCGGCUCCUAACCGCCUCACACUCGACCGCCCAACUGGAACCAUAACCACGGCAAACUCUGAUCUGCCAUGGCGACAGUGUUUCAGGUGGUCACAAGACCCCCCCUGGACUUAGUGAACUCAGUCCAGGUAAGAGUCCAAAGCUGUAGACCUCGAUCCGACCGGUCACCAUGAAGGGUGAGUGCACGUACGUAAUAAUAAAUAAUAAAUGAAAUGAGGGCGCUCAUCUGAUUCCUUUGGUUUCUCCUCAGCCGUCGCCGCUCUCGUCUCGUUGCUGAUGAACGUGCGUUCGAGUCGUUCUUGUAACGGAGAGGGACACGUUUUGAUAUGCAACAGCAUUCCAGCAGCUUUCAGGCCCGGUUACUCCUCUCUGGUGAUGUUCUCGAAGGACGUCGGGGAGAUCAACUCCACCGCGUUCCGCAGCGACGGCCUCGCCUCCGUCACCAGGCUGAGGAUCGAACGCGCGGGCGUCACGGGGAUCUCCGAAGGGGCCUUCGGGUCUUUGGUGCGCCUCGCGUUUCUCGGUCUAAACCGGAACCUCCUGACGGAGAUUAACCCAAACUGGUUCGGUCGGCCCGAGGUCCUCGGCGAGCUCGACCUCACGGGGAACCAGAUUGAAGUUCUGCACGAGUCCACGCUCAGCGGGUUCCUUAACCUCACCAGGCUCAGCCUGAGGGAGAACCGGAUCAGACUCAUCGAUCCAAACGGCUUCAGCUCCCACGCCGCCUUGGCCCAGUUGGAUUUGUCUGGGAACCGGAUGACUCGGGUCUCGCCUCAGGCCUUCGGGUCUCUCUGGUCCACCAGGAUCGGACUGGACGGGAACCCCUGGAACUGCUCCUGUGGAGCGGAAGACUUUGUCGACUUCCUAAAAGAUCUAAUGAGCAGGUCUCUGCUGGACCGACCGGACCAGGUGACCUGUGAGAGUCCUCCGUCUCUGAGGGGUCGACCUGUGUGGAAUGUGUCGCUGUGCGUGAUGUCACCUCCACCUCCAGCGGUGCCCGUCCACCCCAAACCCACAGCAAAAGUUCCUCCAUCACGACCGACAUCGGAGACGAAAACCUCCGUCGGACCCGAACCCACCACAAUGUCCUCCAUCACUGCAACUCACGUGACGGAGAUCUCGGUCCGACCCGACCCGCCCACAGCUCCAUCUCCACCCACUGGGAUGACUGGUGUGUCUGGUUCUUCUGGUCUUUUGAUAUCUGAACCAUUGUGUAUAACUCGUGCUUCACGUGUCCGCUUCUCCCUUCCAGAAACGUGUGCGUCGCCAUCGGAUACGAACAUCGUCUGCACGCUGGCGGUCGUGAUCGCGGUCCUGUCUCUGCUCCUGUGCGCCGCGUGUUUCCUGGCGCUGCCGCUCAGGAGGAAACGCAGCCGCGAAACGGUGACGCCCGCACGCCCGGAAGAAAACGGACCCGAACUGAGAGACAACGACGGCAUCGGCGGUGACGGGAGCGGACGCGCUCGGUCUCCGGGACGCUGCGAGGAAAGAGACUCUGAGACGGGAUGGAGGACGCCCUUCACCGGCGUCAGAGCCAAGUCCGCCGACGCCGUUCUCCUCCCGUCUCCCUUUUGUGCGCCGGUUAAAGAUGGAGCGACUUCGCGAGAAGACGCUGGAAGCCGAGCCGGGAGACCGAGAGAUGAAACUGAAGGAGACGGAGGAGUUGAGACGGCGGAUGCUGAUGUAAUGAAAAAAGAUAAACGAGCCGGUGGAGAUGGAGACGAGGACCCCGACCGUGUUCCUGUCAACGCGAACACUGUGCCGUAUCUGAGCAUCGGUUCCAACCGGAACAAACCCGAUCCCGGCGACGUCAACAAACGGUCCGCCUCGGGGGAAAGAUCGCGGACGGGAAAAGCCAUGAAGAGGAUCUCCACCUGGCCUCCGACCGCAGUCCAGUGGCAGGCCAGGUGUGAAACGAAGCGGGGCGAGGAGGCGUUUCCAGGUUUGAAGGCGGAGGAGCAGCCCGACUGGGGCGGAAAGGAAGCCGGCGCCGAGGACGUUCUCGUGGAAGAUUUACCAACUGCACCAAACCAAGAUGCUUUAAAAAUGACUGCGGCUCCCGUGACGCUGGGACCGUCCCGGUCCUCGAAGCCGCGCGACAAGACCACGAGGCCAGAGGAGGCGUUGACCCCUGACCCAGUAACCGCGAACGAGGAGAAACUUUGUCCGAUUCCAGACCCGAAAUCUGCGGCGAGUCCGGCACAGAAGACGAGCGGCGGCGAGGCGGAGCGGCGAGGGGAACGGAGGCGAGCCGCGACGAGCAGACGGAGGGCGGACAACGGCGCCGGCGGGCCUCCGGCUCCCUCCGGAGGCGCCUCGCCGGACGAUGCGACGCUGCUGUCCGGCAACGAGUACGCCUUCAUGGACCUGCUGCACGAGGUCGCGCAGAACAACGGCCGCUGGACCAGAGACCGGUGGAAGCGGAACGAAGUCAACAAGCAGCGGCGUCCCGACAGAGUUUAGGAGCGACUGCAACGGCGUACGCAUAAAAAAAAAAAAAAACACACGGGCAAUAUUGUAGUUUUAUUAUGUAGUAUUGCUGCUGCAAUUAGAUCAAUUAUUUGGUGACAUUUUUUAAUUUUGGUGUUUUUUAAGAAUUAUUUUUGAUUGAUUGAAAGUCAAGAGUUCAGGUCAUCGUAGAAACAUUAUAUCUUAUUGUUAAAAGAUGCAACUUCAAAUCAACAUAUUUAAACAAAGAUGUAAUUGAUUUGACCCGGCUAGUCUUUAUGCUAAGCUAAGCGUCUCUUCGUGUGCUAUUGAGCUAGUAGUGCGUGUAGUUCCCAAAAUAUCAAACUAUUUCCUUGAGAACAUUGUUUAUUUUUGAUUUCAGCUGCAGUUUGUUUGUGACGAUGUAAAUGUGCGAUAAAGUCCAGACUCAAAAUAAUAGCACUC